CUUCUACUUCGAAAACGCGUUAAAGCAAGGAGACGCGUGAAGUGAAGGCCACUUCUCUGUGUCUCUGUCUCCUUGCCUUCCGAUGGACGAAGAAACUCGCCGGAUCUUCAACAAGUUCGACAUUAACGGCGACGGCAAGAUCUCCAGCUCUGAGCUGAAGAAGAUGCUGCUCACACUUGAUUCCAAAACGACAUCGAAGGAGAUCGAGCGCAUCAUGGCUGAGCUUGACAAGAACGGCGACGGCUACAUUGAUCUCAACGAGUUCGCUGAUUUCCACCAAUCUGGUGGAGGAAAGGUCGCCGACUCAAGAGAGCUACGCGACGCCUUUGAUCUGUACGACUUGGACAAGAACGGACUGAUCUCGGUCACUGAGUUGCAUGCUGUGCUGCGAAAGUUAGGGGAGAAGAGAUCCUUGAGCGACUGCCGGAAAAUUAUCAGCUCCGUCGACACCGACGGCGAUGGUAACGUCAAUUUCGAGGAGUUCAAGAGGAUGAUGACUCGCGCCUAGAACCAUAUAUACAUACACCCUCGAAUUGAACGGUAGGUGAAUGCUUGAAGGAUGAUUGUGGAGACUAUAUCUGUAGUAUUUACAUGCAAUAUUACGGAUUCUAUUCUCUGCAAUCGUUUCAUGUGUUAGAUUAAGGUCUUACUAUUAGUGAAUGAUCGAUUAAUUGUAUGCAAAACCUUUCUUUAACGUCGCUAAUGAUUGUAAACAAUAUCUCGUGUUUUAUAAUUUUAUAUUGUCCAUUAUUGCUAACCAUUUCGUAUUUCA